AUGUCCCACUCCGCGAAGGAAAAUGACCACCAAGAGAGAAGCCGAAGAACAUACCUCCGAGGCAAGAUCCUCCAUGAACAUCUGGAACAAGUCGCAAGAAGGCACUCAGGCCCGGAUGCACAGAGACUUGUGGACGGACUCACCUACGCGUCUGCCAUCUCGCUACUCGAUCAGACACCGCAGCAUUGUACCACUGUCCUAGCAAAUCCAGAGUCCGUAGAGGCAACUGAGAAUGAUGAAGAUGUCGAAAGAUGUGUCUCCGGAGGCCUGUCGGAAACCGACCUGAAGCGCUUCGGUUCUCCGUCGACUCUGAUGACAUCGCAAAUCCAGAAACAACUAUUGGUUGAGCUGAAACGGACGUUACUGACCGUGGUAGAGUUCUGGUCAGACGAAGAAGAUGCAACAGAGGAAGAACGCCUCCAAAGUGCAUUCGAGCUUCCGGAAAACAUUCGCCUGCAGAAAGAACGAAUAGUCCAACAAAGGGCGGAACUGAAAGAGCACUAUGUUCGCACGCAAAAUCUGGUGAACGACAUCAACGAGAUUCACCCGCGCUUAGAAGAGGUCUUGAUCAAUGCUCUGACGACACUUCCUCCCAUCUUGAAUGCUUCUCGCGUCGCAAAAGCAGAUGUGCUCUCCAUGACGAUCGAGACAUGCCUCCUCAGGCUCUCGCUCAUCCGUGCACGCGCUCACACGGCGCUCUAUGGUCGCACGUCUUCGAAAAACCCUGAUGCGACCAUGAGUCGUGCACUAGUCGUAGCGCAUGGAAAAUUGGCUGCGAAACAGCACACACAGAGGGAGGAAGAACGCGUGCUGGACAGGCAGAUCGAGGAGUACGAGCGGCUGCUGAGCCUCGUGGAUGGGCGCGACGGCGGCUUCGCGCAAGUUGUGAAGGACAGGGCGAGGGUGAGGAGCGAGACGCAGGAGUGCAAACGGGAUCUGCGCAGACUUGGUUGGACGGGUGACUAG